CUCUUGGGUUUCAACAAAACGAAUUUCUAAUUGGCAUGCUCAGACUAGAAAACACAAAGUUUGAAACUAAUCGAGUUUUCAUGUCCUGGCUACGCCUCCAAACGUUUGCAAGGAACGCGUACUUGGUUACCGAGUCUCGAGAUUAUAGUAGUUUUAUUUUAUCGCGGUUAAAGUCCCUUUUCAGUUAUCAAUUUAAACAAGUCGACUGGUAUCACCCUCGCUAUAACACUAAGUAAUAAAACAAGUGCAUCUAUCAUUCCGAUCUUUAUUGCUACUAAGCUUACUUAAAGAGAGGUAAUUGGGAAUAUAUACUCUUACAAGUGAGUUUGCAUUAUUUGAGAUGUCCAUUGUCCGGAAUAUACUUCUGCACAGUUAUAUCAUACUCCGUUAAGCAGGCCUACCGACCAAAAAAAAAACACGUCUGGUUAUAUUAGUGUGAAACUACAUCAAAAUCUCCACGUCUUGACAUUCGACCAAGACACUUACGUUCGACGUUAAAACGUUCCUGAUCGAGGAUGACUUCGUCUGGGGAAGAGCUACCAUCGGAGGAAAUGGAGGAUGACCUCCCUCCCCUCCUUCAAGCUGCGAGGAAUGCCGACGUCGCAACCUUCAAGAAAAUGCUCGAAGAUGGCGAGGAUGUCCUGCAAAAAGAUGAGGAUGAUCGGACGGUAUUACAUUGGGCCGCUCAGAGCGGAUGCGUACCUAUCAUCAUGGCGGGGGUUGCCAGAGGUCUCAUCUGGCAUGUCAAUGCUAAAAGCAAGCGUGGUUUGACACCCCUGCACGAGGCUUGCCUGGCUGGUUAUGUGCGUACAGUUCAUGUCUUGAUGUCGAUAGGAGCAGAUACGGAGGCACAAACUGAGGAGGGAUAUACCCCAUUACUGUGUGCGGCUGGUAAUGGUCAUAAUGAUAUCACACGUAUCCUAGUAGGAGGUGGAUGUGACCCAAACAAGAACUUACCGAUGAUUGGUGUAAAUGCCCUUCACAUCGCUGCAUGGACGGAUCAACCCGAUGUCCUCGCCGAUCUCCUUAUCAUGGGAGGGGAUAUCAACAAGAAAAGCUUGACGCGUAAAACAGCCAUGGAAUUUGCACGUGAGCAGAAUCACACUGACUGCGUGAAUGUUCUCCAGAAACAUGAGCAAAAAUUGCAGCAGCAUUUCAAAACGCAGUUGAGCGAGCAGGAGAGUUUCUUCCGUACCAAACUAAACCUCCUAGCUGAUAAGAUCCAUAAGUAUUACGAUGAUCGACUCAAGCAAGAGAUAGAAUACUUUGAACAGCAGUUACAAGAACAACACGACAAGGACGCUGAAAUCAUCCUCAAAUUGAAGUCACGCAUUGAUCAUUUGCUCAAAACUGAACUUGAUGAUGAAGACGAGGAUGGCCACGAUGACGACGUCGAAGAUGAUAAAAUGGAAAGCAAAGCGCGUGGAGGCGAGGAGAAAACUUCGCUGCAUCCGGAUAGAGUAAAUGGACAGAAUUCUAAAAUGUCUUUAAGGAGGCGAAGGCGAAGCAGCCAGUUUGCUCACCGGCCCAGAAUGUUCAGCAUCACUACUCCGCACGCACCAACUGAGCACGAGUCUUCGGAUGACGAGCACGCCCACGGCAUACGACGUCGAUAUGAUAGACAGAUAAGCGUAGACGGACAUCGUCAACCGAGGCGACCAGGGGGUGGACGACCGGGGAGCGGACGGAUCGGAAGCGGAAAGAACAAGUCCAUGACGGAGUUGGUGGAUGAUGUCAGCAAAAAACCGUCCAGUGUGAAUUUUGUCAAACGACAGGGUAGCGUGAUGGAAGAGCAUGACGGUACAGAAUCAAGUCACAUGGCUUCACAAGUGCAUCUACCGGGUGUGCCAACCAUACGGCUUCUCCAACCUUCGAAGCCCACUCAACCGCGUUCGUCAACGCCUACACGUACGAGGUCGACCACUCCUUCACAUGUAAUGUCAAUAACACCAUCCGUCUCAUCCCUCUCCCCAUCACCACCUCCGCCUUCGCCUAUAAGCCCUUCUACAAACACAGGUUCCAUGAGCCCCACCCCAUCAAAUGUAUCUACCUCAGAUUCUGUCUUCCUGGACAGCAAUGAAAACCAACUGACAGCCUCUUCCAAGCCAAAGUCAAGACGGAGUAGCAUCGCUGCUUUUCUGCGACCUCACUUCAAGUCAAGCUCGAGCGUCAUGGAAGAGGAGAAAUCUCGACGCAGGAGUGUGGAGACGAAGAUACCCGAUGCCAAGUCAACUGCAUCAUCACCUCGCAAGCCUCGUAAGAAAGGCUUCUCGUUAUUCUCUAUACCUUUACCGGGUAUCCCCCAAGGAAUGAUUGAAGAGGAUUCUUUUGAAGAUAUUGAUAUGGAUCAGACUGGAUCGUGAGGCAUAUCCGCACCUCCCCAAUCAGGAAAAUACCUGUGAUUUAUAAGAAUUUGUUCUGGGGACCCGUUUCAUAAAACCUUACAACUCUGCCAUUAUUGUAACUAUCAUGAAAGCCUUGAUAGUGAUUGGAUGCUCAGUCUUGUUACAAUGGUAGUUACCAUGGCAAAGUUCAGUAGUUGCAACUCUUGCUCUUUGUGAAACGGGCCCCAAGUUCUAAAAUACCUACUGUUUGUGCGUUCAUACCUGCUUGAACCAUAUAAAAUUCUUCUAAGAGCCUGUGACAAGAUUUUCAGGUUCCUAUAGAAAAGGAGGAUCAUUUUUCAUGCCUUGCGUCUCGUUAUUUGCUUUCAUAUUGCAAAAUACCCAUGUGAAAAGUUUUCUUAUAAAUAUAAAUUCAUUUUUCGAAUCCACUAAAUUGCAGGUAUUUUCAAUUGGGGAUAUUACUAAUACUUGGCUAUGACAAUUAUGAAUGCAACUCAUUAUGAGCUGAAAAACGCCAUAUAAAAACAAGUUGGGUUGCGCACAAGGCAAAGUGUAAUGACAAUGACAUUUAUUGUGUCUCCUUUUUUAUUCCGAUGCUUAUUAAUCACUUCAUUUUAAUGUAUACUUAACCUGUUCUGAUAAUUGCUUGUUCAUUGUUUUCCGUUCACUAUUAUCACAAAAUGGGUGCCAGUGAAUCCAUCGCACCUAUGGGUAGAGCUAAGGAUGUUCAUGCAUCAAUUCAACAAAUUAAUGUGGUCAUAGGUGUUUUUGAACCAAUAUGAAGAUAUGAUCUUCGUCAGUCUUUCUCUCAUGCA